GUCCCACCCCUGAGGAGUCCUCCUCCCUGCUAGGCUCUUCUGGAACACAAAGACCAUCCCUCCCCCCUCCCCAGUGAAGGGAGGGCUAGGAGUUUCAGCCCCACCCUCAGGAAGAUGUGUCUUCCCCCUCCUCUGCUUCUUGGUACUUCCUCUCUGGCCAACGUAGCUGACAGCACCCAGACCUGGGGCCAGGACCCUGGAACUGGGACAGAUCUGGUAAUAGGCUACGCCACUCUGCCCUGGCCUUGGGAUUGGCACCAGCUUCCAACCAGUACGCGGCGAAGUCUGUAAGUCCUUGCAGUGGCCCCGGACGCUACAUCUUCUGCAGCACCUCCUCACUAGGUGUCAUGUUCAUCGCUCUGCUGACGAUCAUCCUCCUGUCAGUGGCACUGGUUGUGGGGCUUCCCGGCAACAGCUUUGUGGUGUGGAGCAUCCUGGUAAAGAUGCAGAAGCGCUCUGUCACUGCCUUGUUGGUGCUGAACUUGGCCCUGGCCGACUUGGCUGUAUUGCUUACUGCCCCCUUUUUCCUCCACAACGUGGCCCAACGCACCUGGGUGUUCGGACUGGCUGGCUGCCGCCUGUUUCACUAUGUCUGCGGAGUCAGCAUGUACGCCAGCGUCCUGCUGAUCACGACCAUGAGUCUGGACCGCUCGCUGGCGGUGGCCCUCCCCUUUGUGUCCCAGAAGGUUCGUACCAAGGCCGUUGCCUGGUGGGUGCUGGCAGGCAUCUGGGUGAUGUCCCUUCUGCUGGCCACGCCCGUCGUCGUGUACCGCACAGUGACCUUGGCACCGAACAACUGGAGCCUGGUGUGCUUCCUGAAGUACCCCAGCGAACGACUCAACGCCUUCCAUCUACUCUUCGAGGCCCUCACCGGCUUCCUGCUGCCCUUCCUGGUGGUGGUGGCCAGCUACUCCGACAUCGGACGCAGGCUGCAGGCCCGGCGCUUCCGCCGCAGCCGCCGCACGGGCCGCCUGGUGGCGCUCAUCAUCCUGACCUUCGCCGCCUUCUGGCUGCCCUACCACGUGGUGAACUUGGCCGAGGCGGGCCGGUUGCUGGCCGGCGGGGAUGCGGGGCCGUUGCGGAACCGGCUGCUCCUGGCGCGCUACGUGUUCAUCGCGCUGGCCUUCCUGAGCAGUAGCGUGAACCCCGUGCUGUACGCGUGCGCCGGCGGUGGCCUGCUGCGCUCGGCCGGCGUGGGCUUCGUCGCCAAACUGUUGGAGGCCACCGGCUCCGAGGCGUCCAGCACCCGCCGCGGGGGCACCCUGGCCCAGACGGUGAGGGGCGCCCCCGCCACUCCCGAGAAUGGCACCACCGAGAGCCUCACCGUCUCCAACCCUCUCCAGUGAAGCGAACUGAACUAGGUCUGGGUGGUGGUGGUGGUGGUGCUGCCGCUGUUGGUGGAAAGAAGGCUUUCCUCCUGGCGGAAUGCCCCCACGUUGGCCGGGCCCAGUGCUGUACCCCUAGGGGGAGAACGCCAGUGGGGUGGAGCAGAAGAGGAGGGAGGGGCGGGGCAGGUGAAGGCCCAGUGAAAGCCUGGGGCAGCUUUGCUAUUAAAACUGAAGCCUCAAAUUGGGUCAA